AUGUCCUUGAGCAGCGGAGCUUCCGGAGGGAAAGGAAUUGAUGCGAACCCGGUUGAGACAUAUGACAGCGGGGAUGAGUGGGACAUUGGCGUAGGGAAUCUCAUCAUUGACCUGGACGCUGAUUUGGAGAAGGAUCAGCAGAAAUUGGAAAUGUCGGGCUCCAAAGAGGUGGGGCUCCCAGCGCCCAACGCGGUGGCAACCCUACCGGAUAACAUCAAGUUUGUGAGCCCAGUGCCAGGCCCACAGGGCAAGGAAGGCAAAUCCAAAUCGAAAAGGAGCAAGAGUGGCAAGGACAGUGGCAAGCCAACCCCAGGGACCUCCUUGUUCACUUCCAGCGAGGGAGCUGGUGGCAAGAAGGAGGCUCAAGGACGCUCUGGGGACGGUGCGAACUCGGGCGGCUUGGUGCCUGCCGUCACCCCGAAGGGCUCAGAGAAGUCAGCCAAGGCGUCACGCAGUGCGGCUGGCUCCAAGAAGGAGAAAGAGGGUGGCUCAUCCAAAAGCAAGAAGGAAAGGAGUGAGGGUGCAGGGGCUGCAGCAGAGAAGGAGCCCAGCAUGCUGCAGCCCCUGGCCCUGGCAGUGAGGGUGGGACAGUAUGAUGGGGGCCAGGGAACCGAGCCUGCUGCUGCCGAGCAGCUUGGGAGUAUAGCUAUUGACACAGGAGCAGCGCUUAAUCCCUUGGGAGUUAAGUCGGAGCUGGAGGAUGGGGAAGGUGACUGCCGGCAGCUGAAAAAGGUGAAGUCUGAGAAGAUGGAGUCUCCAGUCUCUACACCUGCAGUCCUGCCCUUGCACCUCCUUGUCCCCGUUGUCAACAACGACAUCUCGUCACCUUGCGAGCAGAUCAUGGUACGGACCCGCUCGGUGGGAGUGAACACCUGCGACGUGGCCCUGGCUACUGAGCCUGAGUGCUUGGGCCCCUGCGAGCCUGGGACCAGCGUGAACCUGGAGGGCAUCGUCUGGCAAGAGACAGAGGAUGGUAUGCUGGUGGUCAACGUCACCUGGAGGAACAAGACAUACGUGGGGACGCUGCUGGACUGCACGCAGCACGACUGGGCCCCUCCCCGGUUCUGCGACUCUCCCACCAGUGACCUGGAGAUGCGCAAUGGGCGGGGCAGGGGCAAACGCAUGCGCCCCAACAGCAACACGCCUGUCAACGAGACGGCUGCCACCUCCGAGAGCAAAGGGACCAGCAACAGCAGCAAGACACGGGCAGGAGCCAACAGCAAAGGGCGCCGGGGAAGCCAGAAUUCCUCGGACCACCGCACGCCGCCCGGCAGCACGGCAGAGGACGUGAAGGCCAGUCCCUCCUCCGUCACCAAGCGGAAGAGCAAACCCCUGUCUGACAUGGAGCUGAACUCCAGCUCAGAGGACUCCAAGGGCAGCAAACGCAUCCGCACGAACUCGAUGGGCUCGGCAGCGGUGGCCCCUGCUGCCGUCAAGGUGGAGCCGGCAGUCCUCGACCGAAACUGCCCCUCUCCCAUCCUCAUUGACUGCCCCCACCCCAACUGUAACAAGAAGUACAAGCACAUCAACGGUUUGAAGUACCACCAGGCCCACGCGCACACGGAUGAUGAUAGCAAGCUGGAGGCUGACGUGGACAGCGAGUAUGGCGAGGAGCCCUCCCUGCACGCCGACGUGGGCAGCUGCAACGGUGCCGCCGGUGCUCAGAAGGGCUCGCUCUCACCAGCACGCUCUGCCACCCCCAAGGUGCGCUUGAUGGAGCCCCACAGUCCCUCCCCAUCCAGCAAGUUCAGCACCAAGGUUCCCUCUAAGAAGAAGCUGGGUGGGGAAGGAGACACCGACCCAGGUGCCCUGUCCAAUGAUGGCUCUGAGGAUGGCCCCUCGGUGGCUGAUGAGACGAGUAACGAUGGCUUUGACUCUCUGGAGAAGCGAUGUAUCGAUAAGGACAAGGCAAAGAAGGCAUCUGGUGCUAAGCCAGAGAAGGUCCCUUCCAAAAGCUUGAAAUCGGCCAGGCCCAUUGCGCCAGCCAUUCCCCCCCAGCCCAUUUACACUUUCCAGACAGCCAACCUCACCACAGCCAGCCCCGGUUCUUCUUCAGGCCUCACUACCACAGUGGUCCAGACCAUGCCUAACAGCCCUCAACUCAAACCCAUCCAGCCCAAGCCUACAGUGAUGGGAGAGCCUUUCACGGUCAACCCUGCCCUCACCCCUUCCAAGGAGAAGAAGAAGAAGGAUAAGAAGAAGAAGGAGCCCAAGGAGGUGGAAAACCCCCUGACUCCCAGCAAAGCUUGCAGAGCAGAGGAAGGCAAGAGCCCUUUCCGGGGGGAAUCCAGUGACCUGGGGACGAAAGGCGAGGGGCUGCUGAAUGGCUCGUCUGACCCUCACCAGAGCCGACUCGCCAGCAUCAAGGCUGAGGCAGAUAAAAUCUACAGCUUCACUGACAACGCCCCAAGCCCCUCCAUCGGUGGUGCCAGCAGGCUGGAGAACACCAACCCAGCCCAACCCAUGACCCCACUGCACGUUGUCACCCAGAAUGGGGCAGAGGCGAGCUCAGUGAAGACCAACAGCCCGGCCUACUCAGACAUUUCUGAUGCUGGGGAGGAUGGGGAGGGCAAGCUGGAAAGCAUGAAGGCCAAGGACCCAGAGCAGCUGGUCAAGGAAGGUGCCAAAAAAGCUCUUUUCCCAUCACAACCUCAGAGCAAAGAGUCUCCCUAUUACCAAGGCUUUGAAACCUACUAUUCCCCUGGCUAUCCCCAGGCAAGCCCGGGGCCCUUGAACCCCGGUGGGCAGGCUGCAGCCGAGACACAGGCCUUGAAGCUGAAGAAGGAUGAGGAGCAGGAGAACCCAGAGGUGAAGGUGAAGAGUGAGGGCUGUGAGGAGAAGAAGGCAGAGCUCGGCAGCUCCAGCCAGCAGCCCUCGGUCAUCCAGCAGCGUCCCAACAUGUACAUGCAGUCCCUGUACUACAACCAGUACGCCUACGUGCCCCCCUACGGCUACAAUGAGCAGGGCUACCAUGCUCACCUGCUGAGCACCAACCCUGCCUACCGCCAGCAGUACGAGGAGCAGCAGAAGCAGCGGCAGAGCCUGGAGCAGCAGCAGCAGCGAGGGCUGGAGAAGAAAGCAGAGCUGGGCUUGAAGGAAAGGGAGACAGCGCUCAAAGAGGAGUGGAAGCAGAAACCUCCCAUGCCCCCGACACUCACUAAGGCCCCGAGCCUCACAGACCUUGUCAAGUCUGGGCUGAGCAAGGCCAAGGAGCAGGGAGGUCCCGACAUGGCCAAAUCCGUCAUCAUCCCCAAGCUGGAGGACUCGUCCAAGCUGUCUGGCAGCCAGGUUGCUGAGGGGCUCAAGGUAAAGCUGAGCGAGGCCAGCCACCUCGGGAAGGAGACCACCGAGACGAAGGCUGGCGCUGAGUGUGGCCGACAGGCAGAGGUGGACCCUCUCCUCUGGUACAGACAGGAAGCCGAGCCCCGGAUGUGGACCUACGUGUACCCGGCAAAGUACUCGGACAUCAAGACGGAGGACGAGCGGUGGAAAGAAGAGAGGGACCGGAAGUUGAAGGAAGAAAGAAGUCGAAGCAAAGAAGCCACCUCCAAGGAGGACGGGAAGGACAGCACCAGCUCUGAGUGCAAACUGACCCCCACCGAAGAGGCUCGCAUGGUGGGGAAGGACCCCAGACCCAGCGUCCAUGUCCCUGUGUCUUCACCCCUCACGCAGCACCAGUCCUACAUCCCUUACAUGCACGGCUACUCCUACAGCCAGUCGUACGACCCCAACCACCCCAGUUACCGAGCCAUGCCCACCGUCAUGAUGCAGAAUUACCCAGGUUCAUACCUUCCCUCCAGCUAUUCCUUCUCCCCUUACGGGAGCAAAGCAUCUGGCAGUGAUGACAGCGACAAGUCCCGAGCCAGCCCCAGCGUGAGCUGUAAAUCCAGCUCAGAGUCCAAGGCCCUGGACAUCCUGCAGCAGCACGCCAGCCACUACAAGAGCAAAUCACCCACGAUAAGUGAGAAGACAUCUCAGGAGCGGGACCGUGGUGGCUGUGGGGUUGUGGGAGGCAGUGGGAGCUGUAGCAGCGUUGGAGGAGCCAGCGGGGGAGAGAGGAGCAGCGACCGCCCCCGCACCUCACCAUCUCAGCGCCUGCUCUCCACACAUCACCACCACCACCACCUUGGGUACUCGCUGCUGCCGGCGCAGUACAACCUGCCCUAUGCAACAGGUCUCUCUUCCACAGCCAUCGUGGCCAGCCAGCAAGGCUCUGCUCCCUCCCUAUACCCACCCACCCGGAGGUGA